CAUCAGGAACAUCAUGUCGGUGAAGGAAUGUGGUCACCACCACUGCGACGACAAACGGCCCGUCCCCUGGGUAAUCGCCGCCGUUGUUGGUUUCAUUAUCCUCAUCCUCUUCGUCAUUUUCCUAAUCUGGCUCAUCCUCCGACCGUCCAAACCUCACUUCAUCCUCCAGGACGCCACCCUCUUAGCCUUCAACCUGUCCUCCUCGCCGGCCACCACCUCCGCCAUUGAACCUCCUUCUCUGACCCCCAGCACCAUCACCAUCACCAUGCAAGUCACUCUCUUGGCUCGCAACCCCAACGACCGAAUAGGGAUAUACUACCAGAAGCUGGACGUGUUCGCGUCGUACAGGAACCAGCAGAUCUCUCUGGGCACGAUGCUGCCCGCGACGUACCAGGGACACAAGGACGUGGCGGUAUGGUCGCCGUUCUUGUACGGGACGGCUGUGCCGGUGUCUCCGUACGUGUGCCAGUCUCUGACGCAGGAUCAGAAUGCUGGGGGAAUGCUGGUGAACGUGAAGGUGAACGGAAGGGUGAAAUGGAAGGUCGGUUCUUGGGUGUCCGGCAAGUACCAUCUCUUUGUCAACUGCCCGGCCUUUAUCAGGCUCGCCGGAGACGGGAUCGGAGCUACAGGCCCCGCCAUCAAGUAUCAGAUUAUGCAGAGUUGCAGCGUUGAUGUUUAAUUAGUUAGCAAAGUAAUUCGCCUACUCUUUACUCCAAUAAUUAGCUUCCUCUCUUCACCACUCUCUUAAAAUGUCACUAUAUUAAUUCUAUUUGGCUUUUGCUGUUUUUAUUUCUGAUUGAAACUUAAUACUGAUAGUACAUGGGUUGUUCCAGGAAAGUCAAGUCAAAUUACUCUCUCUUUCCAUCUUUA